UUGUCUGUGUAAAAUCUGUUUUUAUUUCCCAAGUGUGUUUGGUGAGUCAGUGUCAGUGAUGGAGGGAGAUUCUAUCACUCUAAACACUGAUGUUAUUGAAAUACUUGAAGACGAUGACAUACUGUGGAAAUUUGGAGCUGAAAAGUCUCUCAUAGCUGAAAUCAGUCGAGAGAAACAAAUCUUUUUCAAAUAUGAUAAUGUUCAUGAUGGGAUAUUCAGAGACAGGCUGAAGCUGGACAAUCAAACUGGAUAUCUGACCAUCACAGACAUCACAACUGAACACGCUGGACUCUAUGAACUACAGAUAAGUGGAGCAAAACUGACAUCAAAAACAUUCAGUGUUUCUGUCUAUGCACAUCUGCCUGUUCCUAACAUUACCAGAGACUGUUCUUCUUCAUCAUCAUCAUCAUCAUUGUCAGGAUCAUCAUAUUGUUCAUUGUUGUGUUCAGUGGUGAAUGUGAGUCAUGUGACUCUCUCCUGGUACAAAGGAAACAGUUUAUUGUCCAGCAUCAGUGUGUCUGAUCUCAUCAUCAGUCUCUCUCUACCUCUGGAGGUGGAAUAUCAGGAUAAAAACAGCUACAGCUGUGUGCUCAACAAUCCCAUCAGCAACCAAACUCAACAUCUGGACAUCAGUCAAUUCUGUCACACAUGUUAUGUGUUAUUUUAG